AGAGGAGAGUGUUGGAGCCACUGAUUAAGCUACAGAAGUGGGGAAGUGGACACACAGCUGGGCUACAGGGUGGCUUUAGUGCCUCUAAACCUUACACCCACCUUCAAACAAACUGAUGCAGAAGAAGAUGAUGAAGAACUUGUUCUUCCUGCUCACGCUAACAAUGAUGCCACUUCCUGCAUCUUCAGCUCGCAAGGCGAAGCGGCAGAUUGAUUUCUGGGGGGGCUGGGGAGAAUGGAGCAAGUGCAGUCGGAGCUGUGGCGGAGGCAUCAGCUUUCGGCAACGGCGCUGCUACUCGCAAAGGACAGAUGGUGGGUCUAACUGUAUUGGACCAACUCGAAACUAUCGCUUGUGCAAUAUUCAGAGCUGCCCUGAGGGCUCCAGGGACUUCCGAGAAGAGCAGUGUGCUGAGUUUGAUGGGACAGAAUUCCAAGGAAAGAGAUACAAGUGGCUGCCUUAUUAUGGAGCUCCCAGUAAAUGCGAGUUAAACUGUAUUCCCAAGGGAGAGAACUUCUACUACAGGCACAAGGAAGCAGUGGCUGAUGGGACGCCCUGUGAGCCAGGCAAACGGGAUGUCUGUGUCGAGGGAGUCUGCCAAGCUGUCAGCUGUGACAACAUGCUCAAUUCUGCCAAGAAGGAAGACAAGUGCCUGCAGUGUGGAGGGGAUGGCAGGGCCUGUUACGAAGUGAAGGGCACUUUUGAUGUGAUCAACCUCCCCAAAGGUUACAAUCAAAUCUUCAUCAUUCCCAUGGGAGCCACAAGCCUCCGCAUUAAGGAAGUUAUGCCCAGCAGGAACUUCCUGGCCAUCAAGAAUGUGCAGGGGGAAUACUAUCUGAAUGGGCACUGGACGAUUGACUUCAGCCGAGACCUGCACAUCGCUAGCACAGUUGUGCACUAUGAUCGAGGCUCGGAAGGGGACCUGGCCCCUGAACUGCUUCACUCCAGGGGUCCCACCACUGAGCCCUUAGUCAUUGAGCUCAUCAGCCAGGAGCCAAACCAGGGGGUGCAGUAUGAAUACUACCUGCCCUUGCAAGGGCACAGCUCAGGCUACAGCUGGAGCUAUGGCUCCUGGAGUGCUUGCAGCUCUGAGUGUGGUGGAGGUUACCAGUCACGCCUGAUGUUCUGCACCAUAGACAAUGAAGCCUAUCCAGACUAUAUGUGCAGGGACAAACCAAAGCCAGCCAAUAACCGGACAUGUGGUCUUCAAGCCUGUCCCCAGACAAAACGGAUAUCUUACAUCUAUCUGCCGGGAGUGUGGAGCCACAGCGGAGCCUGGAGCUCUCAAAUGAAGAGCUGGAAAACCGGGGAGUGGGGAGCCUGCUCAGCCACCUGCGGGGGAGGUACCCAAACACGUUCCGUUUACUGCAUGUCAUACAAUGGACAAGGCUCGCCGGGGGUGGCGGAGGAUGCCAAGUGCAUGGCCUUUGCGGAGCAGCCCCGCAGCACGCAGCCCUGCAACAUGCGACAGUGUGCGACGUGGAGCACAGGGCCCUGGUCAGAGUGCUCAGCCAGCUGUGGAGAGGGCGUUCAGACCCGGGCUGUCACCUGCAGAAACGAGUUGGGAUCUCAAACUCGAGACUUUGCCUGCCUGACAGAGCCUAAACCACUCCUCAGACAGCCCUGCAGCAAGGAGAAUUGCAUCCAAAAAAUUGGUUGGCACAUUGGAGUCUGGGGUCUGUGUUCGAAGAGCUGUGACUCAGGCAUCCGAAAACGCCAGGUCAUCUGUGCUGAUGGCGAUUCCAAAUUCUACCCCCCUGAGACGUGCAAGGCCAGCCAGCCGCAGACCCCAGCUGUGCUGGGAAGCUGCAACACUCAGCCCUGCUAUCUGCCGCAGCAGGUUCCCAGUAUGCAGGACACCACAGGCUAUGACAUCAGCCGAGAAUACUUGCUGACCCGCUACUACCCAGACAGUGGCACUACAGUUUAUAGCAAUGAAAGAACAAUCCAAGGUAGCUCCACACACCAUCAGCUCCAGCCCAGUGAAGACCAUAGCUCUAACUUCUUGCCUCUUCGUUGGGAAUCCCACUCAAGCUCUCCAGGAUCCCGGCAGUUCAGCUCCCAUCAGGAUAUUGCCACAGGGACUGGCCUUCGGGACUGCAGCCAGAGCCCUCAUGGCUGCUGCUCAGAUGGCCACACUCCGGCUUCUGGCCCUUUUGGGCAAGGCUGCCCCUUCAGCACAUGCCAUCAGAGCAGGUAUGGAUGCUGCCCUGAUGAAAUAUCAGCUGCCCAGGGCCCCAACAAUGUGGGUUGCACACAAUAUUACAGUGAUGUUUAUGUGAGCAGAAACAGGCCCGCUGCAGCCUCUCCAACGGCAAGCCAAGCUUUGUCCCAGCAGCACCCUUCUGAGUGUCGAGGGUCUUUCUAUGGCUGCUGCUAUGACAACAUUGCUUCAGCUUCAGGACCUCAAGGGGAAGGAUGCCUCAACAGACCCAGCCAAUCUUAUCCUGUCAAGUGUCUUCUGCCCAGUGCCCAGGGCCCCUGUACAGACUGGACCACUCGCUGGUACUUUGUAACUGCUGUCGGAAAGUGCAACCGGUUCUGGUAUGGUGGUUGCCAUGGCAACACAAACAAUUUUGCCUCAGAAGAGGAGUGCAUGAGGGCCUGCCAAGGCUCCAUGGGAACAAGCAUUGUGGGGCACCAGCACAACAGGGGGACUUCGCACAUCCACUCUGGCUCCCACCCACGAGAGGGAGAAGCCCAAGGUCAGCCGCAGCCAUCUGCAAGAGGGACUGAGAGUCAUAGCCAAGGAGGAGGAACACGAGGGUCCUUCCAUGUUGUCCAACCUGAGCCUGAUAGCCAUACAGCAUGGCAGGGCACAGGGCUGCACCACAGGGAGAAUGGCUGGAGCAGGACCAUGAAUGUGGAUAUACUGCCAAAAUCUUCACAGAGGAAUGGCACAUUGGUUAGCCAGCGCUGGGGCUCUCGUCACUCUUCAGCUCCUGGGGAAAGCAGGACAGACCAAUCAAGCCAGCUGCAUGGAAGGGGAGAAACAAUGGUGUCUGGGCACUCGGAGAGGCAGCUAACUGUCAAUGGGCAGGUGGUGCAGCAUGAACAUGAGCAGUGGCGGAGUUCCUCUGGAGCAGACACUCCUAGGGUGGAUGGACUUGGGCAUCAAACCUUGCCGGGUUCCACCUUGCAGCGAAGCUUGUACAGAGUCAUCCUGGAAGGAGCCGAGUCCUCUGUAGUGGAGGCAGCCUUGGGACAGAACAUUCAUCUUCUCUGCAAGGCAGGUUCUUCUCCCUUCCCCAGAAUUGAAUGGCAGAAAGAUGGGAAGCCACUAUCAUCUGACAGGCAUGCCUACCAGUCUGACAGUUCCUUAGUGAUCAGCCGUGUCAGGGCUGAGGAUGCUGGGAUGUACACAUGCAUAACUUCCAAUGGGAAGAUGGAGAGCCGACACAUUCAGCUAAGGAUCAAAGAGGGUAUUAGAGGUCGGCUCCUUCAUGGUCUGAAUCACCAACACAGAGAUCUCACCAGAGGAGUUAAUACUGUACAGUCAUCUGGUUCCUCUGUACACCAGCCACUCAUGUACAGAUUAAUAAUGGAUAAGAAUGAGCCUUCGGUGGUGGAUGCCAACAUUGGGGAGCAAGUCAGACUGCCCUGUGGAGUAGAAGCCUCACCUGCUUUAACCAUCGAAUGGCAGAAGGACGGGCACCCUGUCUCCUCUUCCAGGCACAGGCAGCAGUCAGAUGGUGCCCUGGUGAUCAGUCAUGUUGGCUCUGAAGAUGCUGGCUUCUUCACCUGCAUCGCUUCGAACGGCCGUGACCAGGAACAACGGCAGAUCCAACUUCGGACUCUAGGAGAGCUGAGGAUCAUGGGCCUGCUGCCAAGCCUCACUGUGUCGGAGGGAGAGAAUGCCCAGCUCCAGUGCAUGGCGACAGGCAACAAUGUGAACAUCAGAUGGUCAAGGAAUGGAGUUCCAAUGCGAGCAGAUGGUCACCACAUCCACCUGUCACAGGACGGAAGCCUGAUUAUAAACAAUGCUCAGGCUGGUGAUGAGGGAUCUUACACAUGCAAUGCCUACAGGGGCAGCAACUCUGUCAGUGCCAGCACCAAGGUGAAAGUGAUCAAGAGCAGGCCUGAAGCUGUGGACCUGACCACCGAGUGUGUUGACCAGCCCCAUCUUGCCAACUGUGAUCUGAUCAUACAGGCCCAGCUCUGCACUAAUGAGUAUUACUCCAGCUUCUGCUGUGCCAGCUGUUCUCAGUACCAACCCCAGGACAACCCUUCUCACCAACAGGGAUGAGAAUCAGCUCUAGCCCAGCUCCCAGGAGAUGGCAGCCUAGGAAGAUUACUGGACAGAAACAGGGACUUUGUCCUUUUUACUCC